UGGAAAGUUGUUAGCGUCUCCAGAACCAAUUUUUAUAAACGGAACAUCCAAGGCAUCUAGCUGAUACAAUGAGAUCUGUAAAACAAACUAUUACAUAUUAACAAAAUUGUGUUAAACGGCCCUUUUGUCACCUCAUCCAUUGCCGAUGCUGUAAAAUCUAAACCAAUCCUCUCACACAGUUCUUUCAAUGUUUGGAGUGAGGAUCCUCGUAUUGCCGUUGCAAAGCCGCGGCAGUAAAUUUUGCCUCAAGGCAUGAUUUUUGAAAUUUAACGCAAUCGCAUCCAAUUCUCUAUAAGACUGCCAAAGGAUUUUCGCUGCUAUCUACAAUUCAUUAGAAGCAUCAUAAAUUAGAAUGAUUGCUGAUGCUGACAGAGAAAAAGAAAAAAUAUACAGGACGGUAUAUAUAAUAGGAGUACGCAGCAUAUUAACACCGUUCAAUAUGCUACUCGGCAUAUAUCCCAUCAUAAAGUACACAAAAAGGCUCAAGAUUAACAUUACAAUUAUUAGAUGAUUAUAUUGACUUGGCGGCGGACAUAGGACUCGACGUUAAAGCAGUGGUUAGCGACCGAGGCAGUCGAAACAGAAAGAUGAUGGAAUCGUUCAAUAAUGGCAUCUAUCGGAAAAAAACCAAAGAAGGACGUAUUAUUAAAAUCCGCCUGAUGUACGAUUACAUCCACCUCGCAAAAAGCUUCUUUAGGCUUAUGAAAGAAGGCAAGCAAUUCGACUGCAAUAUAACAGCAAAUUUAAAAAAGCGCUAUUUCGAAAACAUGAACAAAGAAGCAUGCGAAUAUUGGAUAAAUAGAGGUGUAGUACCAACGGUCGUGCAUCCUCUGGAUUUCCCCGAAUACAUCGCCUAUUACGCCGACGUGACGCCAGCGUUCAUAAAAACGGCGAUGAACACUGAUGUAAUCAAAGGUCCGAUAGUGGAACGGACUUACAAAUUUAUAAAGGCGGCAACAAGAUUUGUGAACGUCUUCCGUAGGAAGACCAUCAACACGUCCACUUGGCCACACCUGAAAGGCACAUUAAAAGAAGCGUACAAAUACUUUAAUAAGUAUUUAACAGCAAAUCUGUUGUCCGUCGAGACAAGAUUCACGAUACUCAACUUUAUCAAAAUUGUUGACAAAUUACUACGGGCUUACCCUGAAAUUUCAAUUGCAGGGUACAGGGUAAGCCAAGAUAUAAUAGAAAGAUUUAUCUGCAAUAUGGCUCCGACUUACAGGAAGAGAAGAAGAACGGAACACGAAUUCGAAGUCCUGGUGCAGCGAUUAAUGGCGAAACAAAGAGAAUAUUGGAGGCAACAAGAUGGAACCAUCGGCGACUACGACCUCGUCGAAACAUUGGAUUACCGAAUCCAAAAACAGGCCGAGCAAGAGUUUCGGCCACUCCACCUGGAUGGCGCAAAAUACAAAAAUGUAACAGCUCGCCGACGAACGUUACAGCAUACCAGAUACUUCAGAGUGAUGACAGGGUAUGCUGUAGGAAAAUACAUAAGGGAUGAAGUGUCAGGCAUGCUUUAAUGAAUUUACAAUAACAAAAAGAAG